AUGAGUGAUCAUAACGAUGAAAAUCAAAGUAUUGCUUCUUCUGCUGGAGUUUCGUCUGGGCCCUCGGGAAAUCAUGGAUCUCAGAACGUGGAUGCCAUGAGUCCUCGUACGGAUCACGAUGAUAUCGCUGAAUUGUUUGGAGAUGAACGAGAAAACUAUGAAUUAGAGGAAGAAGAUGGAGAAGAUCUAUUUGGGGAUGAUAUGAUGCGGUAAGUGCUAUCAAUCCUCGGUUACCUUUUUUUUUAGAGACUAUCGCCCUCAGCCUGAAUUGGAUCAGCUUUCGGCUAGUGGAUUGGAUGAUGAAGAUGUCUCGGAAAUCUCAUUUGGAGCCCGAAGGGCAGCUGAAAGGGAAAUGGCCGAAAGAGAUAACUUGGGCAUGGACGGAGAAGUAGGGAUAUAUUUCCUAUGUUUAAUUUUAUUCUUGUAGCUGUUCUAUGAAUCUGGAGACGAAGAAGAAACUCGUCGCCGAAGACGUCGCCGCCAAAAAGAAGCCGACGACGAAGUUGAGAUGGAAGUCGAGGAAGAAGAGGACAUUCCCAUCGAUACUCUUGAGAAUCUGAGAGAUCGUACUGUCCGAGAUCACGUGAGCGAUGAGGCUGUUGGAAGGGAAAUUGAACGAAGGUAUUACAGAUUUGGCUUUAUUAAUCUGUUUGAAAUUUAGGUUCAAGCAUUUUUUACGAUCGUUCAAAGAUGAUAAAGGUCAAUUGAAGUACAUUAGCGUUAUCAAAGAGAUGGCCGCUCAUAAUAAGGAGAGCAUUGAAGUAGAGUUUGCUGAUCUUGCUGGGGAAGGUGGAGAAACUAACAUUUGCUAUUUCUUGCCUGAAGCUCCUGUUCAAGUGUUGAAACGUCUUGAUAAUGCCGCUACUGCCGUUGUAAACUCAAUCUUCUCGUGGUAUCACAAAGUUACUCCUCUGGUUUCUGUUAGAAUCCGGGGUCUCCCAGUUGAAGAAGAGAUCCGGUCUCUACGUCACAUCCAUCUUAACACAUUGAUAAAAACGACUGGCGUUGUCACCAUAACUACCGGAAUCUUGCCACAACUGACUGUCGCCAAAUACAAUUGUGAAGCCUGUUCUUAUGUGAUUGGUCCUUUCAUUCAGAGACAGGAUGAGGAAUCAAAGCCCACAACUUGUCCUUCUUGUCAAAGUCGAGGUCCAUUUACCUUGAACGUUGAAGAGGUAAGUCGCAGAAACGGUUGAGUUAUACUUGCAGACUGUAUACCACAAUUACCAACGCAUCACAAUCCAAGAAAGUCCAAAUCUUGUUGCCGCUGGAAGAUUGCCACGUUCGAAGGAUGUUAUUCUUCUCGGAGAUCUCUGUGAUUCUUGUAAACCUGGUGAUAUUAUUGUAAGUUUAUAUAUGGCUUCUGUAAUAUUUUUCUAGGAGCUAACUGGUAUUUAUACUAGUAAUUAUGAUGGUUCGAUGAACAAUAAGCAAGGAUUCCCCGUCUUUAACACUAUGAUUUUGGCCAAUCACAUCAUCUGCAAGGACCAAUUGGAAUCUGAUGAACUGACCGAUGAGGACAUUAAGUUGAUUAGGGAACUCUCCAAGGACCCUCAGAUUGCUGAUCGUAUCUUUGCCAGUAUCGCCCCAACCAUUUACGGCCAUGAUGACAUUAAGAAGGCGAUUGCAUUGGCCCUGUUCCGAGGGGAGCCCAAGAAUCCACAUGGAAAGCAUACGCUCAGGGGAGAUAUCAAUGUCCUUCUCUGUGGAGAUCCAGGAACAGCCAAGUCCCAGUUCUUAAGAUACGUCUCUCAUCUGGCUCCGCGUUCUGUCCUCACCACUGGCCAAGGUGCCUCUUCUGUUGGCCUGACGGCUUAUGUUCAACGCCAUCCAGUUACCCGAGAAUGGACUCUGGAGGCUGGUGCCAUGGUGUUGGCUGAUCAAGGAGUCUGUCUGAUCGAUGAGUUCGACAAAAUGCAGGAUCAUGAUCGUACUUCCAUUCACGAAGCUAUGGAACAACAGUCCAUCUCAGUCUCCAAAGCAGGUAUUGUAACCUCCCUCAGGGCCAGAUGCACUGUGAUUGCGGCGGCCAAUCCCAUCGGCGGCAGGUACGAUUCCAGCAGGACCUUUGCUGAUAAUGUUGGCCUGACUGAGCCCAUUCUUUCCCGUUUCGACAUUCUCUGUGUGGUAAGGGAUACUGUAGAUUCGACGGAAGAUGAUCUGCUGGCCGACUUUGUAAUCAACAAUCAUCGUCGAAUGCACCCGGAUGAGCAGAAGAUCAAUGGAAGUGAAGAACCGGCGAUGCCGACUCGAGAUGAAAUCACUGGUAUUGAGUUUAUUCCUCAGCAAUUACUCAGGAAAUACAUUGCUUAUGCCCGGGAGAACGUCCAUCCGAAACUUCAAAUCUCCGAAGACAGUGUAAUGAGAUUAUAUUCCGAGCUCAGAGAACAAUCUAAGGUCACUGGCUCAGUUGUUGUGACCCUCCGAAGUGCCGAAUCUAUGAUUAGAAUGGCCGAAGCCCAUGCUAAGUUGUUUUUGAGACAAUAUGUUACCGAUGAGGACAUGAAGGCGGUGACGAGGAUUCUCCUGGAAUGCUUCAUCAACACCCAAAAGGCAUCCGUCAUGAAGCAGAUGAGACAGGUAAAUAACACAUAAGAAUUAGCGUCUUUUAUUAUUUAUGCUAAUUUAAAUCUCUUGCAGAAAUUCACUCGUCAACUCAACUUCAAACGCGAUGUCAACGAGAUUCUGAUGUAUUACCUGAAACAGAUGAUCAGACAAAAGAGGUUCUUCGAGAAAUCUCGCCACUCUCAAGACGAUGAAAACGCUCAGAUUGUCAUCAAGGAAUCGGAUCUUUUGGAAAAGGUAAUCGUUAGCUUCGUAUUAUGUCUUCACUACAUUAUUUUAGGCAAAAGAAAUGAAACUCGGAAAUUUGGACAGCUUCUACAGCAGCCGAACCUUCCAAACCAAUCACUUUAAAUUCGACGCCGCCAACAAGACUAUCUCUCAAGUAUAUUAA